GAGCUGGCUGGGUCCCCUUGAGUAGGCCCCUUUGCUAAGCUGGGUACUGGCGGGUGCACACAGCAGCUAAGUCUCUUGCCGAGACGGAGGAUAAACGGGUUGUCCCACUCCCAGGAUGAAGCUGCUUGCUAGCAGCCUGCGCCUCUGGGAGGCGGGCAGGCAAGUAGCCUCCUGGAGCCUGGUGACAGGCCAGGGGUGUUUGGGGAUCAGGGAAAGAAGAUGCUGGGCUUCCAUGAGGGCUCUCGGAGCCAGAGCAGAUCACCAAAAGUCUGGACAUUGCCUCAUCGCCAUGGGAAGGAUCAUGCGGCCAGAUGAUGCCAACGUGGCUGGCAAUGUUCAUGGAGGGACCAUUUUGAAGAUGAUUGAGGAGGCAGGGGUCAUCAUCAGCACCCGGCACUGUAAUAGCCAGAAUGGGGAGCGCUGUGUGGCUGCCCUGGCCCGGGUGGAGCGCACUGACUUCCUGUCGCCCAUGUGCAUCGGUGAGGUGGCUCAUGUCAGUGCAGAGAUCACCUACACUUCCAAGCAUUCUGUGGAGGUCCAGGUCCACGUGAUGUCGGAGAACAUCCUCACAGGUUCCAAAACGCUGACCAAUAAGGCCACCUUGUGGUAUGUGCCCCUGUCACUGAAGAACGUGGACAAGGUCCUCGAGGUGCCUCCUAUUGUGUAUUCACGGCAGGAACUGGAGGAAGAGGGUCGGAAACGCUAUGAAGCCCAGAAGCUGGAGCGCAUGGAGACCAAGUGGAGGAACGGGGACAUUGUCCAGCCUGUCCUGAACCCAGAGCCGAACACAGUGAGCUACAGCCAGUCCAGCUUAAUCCACCUGGUGGGGCCCUCGGACUGCACCCUUCAUGGCUUCGUGCACGGAGGUGUCACCAUGAAGCUCAUGGAUGAGGUGGCUGGGAUUGUGGCUGCACGCCACUGCAAGACCAACAUAGUCACAGCUUCCGUGGAUGCAAUCAAUUUUCACGACAAAAUCCGGAAAGGCUGCGUCAUCACCAUCUCUGGACGUAUGACCUUCACGAGCAAUAAGUCCAUGGAAAUUGAGGUCCUGGUGGACGCCGACCCUGUGGUGGACAACUCACAGAAGCGGUACCGGGCCGCCAGUGCCUUCUUCACCUAUGUGUCCCUGAACCAGGAUGGCAAGCCACUGCCUGUACCUCAGCUUGUGCCUGAGACUGAGGAUGAGAAGAAGCGCUUUGAAGAAGGCAAAGGCCGCUAUCUGCAGAUGAAGGCGAAGCGGCAGGGCCACACAGAGCCUCAGCCCUAGGUGUCGUCCUGCUGCCCGGGGUCAGCAGUUGAGGCAACAGCCCAUGUGCAGUCACUUAGAAGUAACCCCCUUGGCCAAAACCCCAUUUUCCACUGAGAGCUGGUGUUGUGAAGUAUUGUGUGGCAGUGUUACCUGUGCCCCAUUCCCAAAACCUGUGCACCAAAGCUUUAUUUAUACCCCUCCAGUAACUGCUCCCCAGUGUUGUCCCAAAGGCCACCACGGACACCAGAGCACUGAAUGGUCUGUGAAGAAACCAGCACCACUAAUAAAGCUGCUGUCUGGCUGGA